UAUGCGGUCAAUCAUCGAAUUCAGGGAUGUGUUGUCGGGGUAAGACACAUACACAACCCUAACCCUUGGUUUUCACAGCAGCAGCUGGCAACCGGGUGCAAAAAGCCCUCCCCGGACCCCGGCCGAUCAAUCGAACUUUGGACGGAGCCGAUCCAGCAACCGCGCCCGCUCGUCGCGAACCACUCUAUAGGAUCCCCGAAACGCUUUGUCUUCGUCCCGGCGCAUUCGGUCUCGCCCGGUCCUGUUCCACCCCCGCAAUUCUUCAACGUCGACUACCACCACUACCAUCAUCGGCGACAACCACAUCUGUAGACAAAAUGUCCAGGAUUUUCUCGUCGGCCCUCCAGGCUGCUUUCAAGCCGAGCGCUUUUCUUCCCAAGACUGCCACUCGGUCAUUCUCCAUCCUCCCCUCCCUCCGUCCCGCCACCUUGUCUUCCACCCCCAGUACCAUCUUUCGCGCCCCCAACGCCAUCACCGCGCCCUCGGCCUCCCCUAGUGCUACUACCGGUAUCGACGGCGAAGCUCUCGACCUCCUCUCCGCCUCCUCCCUUAUUUCAAGUCAUCCGGCGCUUAGCGGGCUGGGCUCCCAGAUCCGCUGCGGCCCGCGCCCGACGAUGAGCGGGGCGACAAGGCUAGUGCAGAAGCGCAGACACGGUUUUUUGAGCAGAGUUAAGACCAAGAAUGGGCAGAAGACGCUGAAGAGGAGGCUGGCAAAGGGGAGGUUGAGGUUGAGUGCUUAAGUGGUUAGAUGCUUGACUGAGACCCGCGGGAUGUGAAUGAGUGGAAAUGGAAAAAAAGGAGAAGGCGGAAGUAAGGGGACACAAUGGAGGGUUCGAGGAGCAACUAUGUCGACGACGGCUGCGGUACCCCUGGUCUGGCACGCUGGUUUCUGUUCAAAUCAGGAGUCCAUGAAGCUCCAGAGACGGUCAAUGGAUUGCG